GUCUUGCGUACGUGCGUGACCUCAGUUUCUCAAGCAAGACCGGGAACAAGCAGUGCACGUUCACUUGUAGGCAAACCGAAACAUCUUCAUAAUUACAGGUUUGUAAAGUAUGAGCUCACAGAAGGUCCGACUUGAAGAGACAAACAAGAAACAAAAAUGUGUAUGAAACGUGUGCACAGAUAAUUCCACUAUCGAAGUUUAUGCGCUUCAUUCAUUUCCGAGUGCCACGCUAACACCGCUAGCUAGUCAGUGUUAGCGCUUGUUAGCAAACAACCCUGUGUGUGUGUUAGCGUCCAGAAAAACUAGAUGUUAUCUGAAAACACUUGAAACAUGUGUUAAACAAGGAUUAAUGUGUUACGUCCUGAACUUGUUAAUUUCUCGCGGUGUCAUAGCUUUUUUGACCCGUUAACAAGCUCAGUCAUGUGCGGCUCGCUAUCUAAAUGCUAGCAGGGACACAUGGGUAGUGCCUGCGUUAGAUCACGUUUCCUAUUUUAAACUCCGGGAAAAGUAUCAUCCAUGUUCAAUGAGAAAGCUCUGACAGCAUUCUCCAGAGACGUGUUGACCAAAGGUUAGAGUUCACCCUCUGCUGUACGGCUGUGAUGUGGUAUAAGUGUAACUUUACCGAGCUGUUGGGGACGUGUGUUUUUAUGGGAGCAGAAGCAGAUGAAGUCCAGCUGUCUGUGCUAACUAAGAAAGAAAGAGCUCAUUGAUCUGACAGACAGCUGCUGAAACUUUGCAGCUCCUGCUUCAUGUUACGACCAGAAUGAGGACUGACCAGUUGUUUUGAGAUAGUAGUUUAGAGGGUAGUCAGAUUUACUGUAAAGAAGCUAUGGAGUAAGUUUUAAUUUCUUUUUAUGAGAUAAAUGCAUGUUAGUGUGAAAUCAGAUAGAACUGAAAAUGGCCCUACAUAAAGGAAUGAGUUUACUAUUAUAACUUUGAACUUCACCAGCUGUCCGAGUAGGAUGUAGUAUCUUGUUCAGUUCUUAGCUGAAGUAUUGGUUGGUUGUGUAAAUUAGUACUCACGUGGUACUGCCGGCUCGCGAGGCUUCGAACGUUAUCGUAUACGUCACCAACACAAGCUUCGAUACGCGAUUCACCGAAAUUUUCCGGGAUUACUCGACACACCCUCCGAAACCUUGUCACGAAAGGACAUAACACUAGUGUAAAUCUGUCUCCUCGUUUUUUUUUUCCUCACAGGGUUCAAGUGUUGCCAUCAUGCCUGGUAGAAAGACCACAAAGCGGAAGUCAGAGGCUCCAGUGGAGGAUGAUAAAGGACCCAAGAAAGUGAAAAGUAGGUUUAUGACUCAACUGUCAGAGAACUGAUAACAGACAGAACAACUUUGCAAGUAAUUUUGGGAAGGUUUGUUGGCUGUCUAGUUUUGCUCUGUAAGUGAAGAUGCCAUAUUUGUUGAACUUACAAAACAAGUUUGAAAUUGCUACUAAACAAAACACACACUCAGUAUGUGGCAUGAGUCUAUCUGGUAAUCAAGCCGCACCCAACCGCCAAAAUUCAGCGGUCAACAGUCACAUUAUACCAGGGUACUGGUGUGUCUGUGUGUGUGUGUGUUUGCCACAGUUUCCCACAUGGUAAAUAAGGUGGACAGGUUCUUGUACUGGACCAGGGUGGGAAACUGUAGUAAACGCACACACAUCCAUAUCUUGGUAUAAUGUGACUGUUGCAAGUAAAAACAAGCACAAGAAGCCAUUGGUGUAAUUUUGGUGUUUGGGUGCGGCUUGCCAAACAACACACACGCACAGUUUGUGGCAUGAGUAGCUGGUAGGCAAGCCGCACCCAACCACCAAAAUUAAGCUGAUAGCUUUUUGUGCAACACUCACAUUACACCAAGAUAUUGAUGUGUGUGUGUGUGUGUGUGUGUGUUUGUUACAGUUUCCCACAGGAGUCAUGGUAAAGAAGCUGGUCAGGUUCUUGUACUGGGUCAGGGUGAUGUCGGACAGCUGGGACUUGGCCAGGACAUCAUUGAGAGGAAGAAACCAGCCCUUGUGCCUCUGCCAGAGAAAGCUGUGCAAGUGUUUGCUGGAGGCAUGCACACUGUGUGUCUCGGAGAAAGCGGCACUGUAAGCUAAAUUCUGUUGUUGCGAAACUUGCUUUGUCAACGUCCCUUGCUAUCAUUUUAGAUAAGGGUCUUGUAUUUCACAAAUAAACUCUUAUAUUGUACUCUUUUUCUUUUUAAUAGGUCUACACAUUUGGCUGUAAUGAUGAGGGGGCUCUUGGAAGAGACACAUCAGAGGAGGGGUCUGAGAUGGUUCCAGGAAAGGUGACACUGGAAGAGAAGGUGGUCCAGGUGUCAGCCGGGGACAGCCACACAGCCGCACUCACAGAGGAUGGAACCGUGUACAUCUGGGGCUCCUUCAGGGUGAGUGAUCAUCAGCCAUUAAGACUAGAGUUUAUCAUGUGCGUGAGAACUUUCCCCAGUUUCUUCCUAACUUGUGUGUCUAAUUAUACGUAUUUACAACAAUUAGUGAUGUUGUGUUCACAAUCAAACCAACCAGUCAACACAGUACAGGCUGUUUUGGGUCAGUUUAUUCAAGAGACAUUUGAUUUUGGGGGGGUAAGUCAUUUAUAUAACACACAGGAGCAACAAUCAGAGCAUUAAAAGGAGGUGUGUGACAAUGGUGGUAUUCAGCAUGGUGUUUUUUUUGUCGACUACAGUGAACAGGAGUGAAACGGCUGUAGUGACUAUUAUGCCUGUAUGUAGGUUUGGGUGUGAAUGUGCUUUUGUGGACAAGGCAAGGGUGGCCUGGUUACAUGGCUGACUCCAGGCCUGAAAGAGUCUCCCAGUCCGGCCUUGUUGUCUGAGCACUAAUGUUUGUUUCUCAUUUCUCCCUUGUUGAUUUCAACCUGCACAUGGACUAUUUGAGACACUCCCCUCAGGCAGGAGGCUACGGUCCAUUCAGACCAGAACCGCCGUCCAUAAGCGCAGUUUCUUCCCCUCUGCCGUUGGACUCAUGAACACUUUAUAACUCAGUCACUUUAACUCUGUCACUUUAUCACUGGUCACUCUAGUUUAAUGUACCUUGGUUUUUUGAUUGCACUCCUCCCACUGCACUGCUGUUCUGUAUUGCGUAGUUGUACAUAGCCUGUUAUACUUACUGUACAUAGCCUUUUUAUACUUUUAUACUUAAUAUAUGUCCUGCAUGCUCUUAUUGCAUGCUAGUAUUUUAUAUAUUAUUCUCCGUUUAAUGUUGCACCAUCACGCCGUAAAAAAUUCCUAGUCUGUGAGACCUGUUCAUUGACAAUGGCAAUAAAACCCCUGAUUCUGAAUAGUCACUUUGUCUUCUAGUACAAUGAAAGGUAUAGUCCAUUUGCUGUUGUCAGCGCCUUUUAUUAUAUGAGGACUAAACGGCUCCAGGUUGUGGAAGGAAAAUAAGAGCCAUUCAGAUAUACAUUGAUGAUCCUUGGUAAUGACAUCCUUAAUUGUUUUCGCCUCACAGUACUCAUCCGUCCUGCUGGAUUACUCCCUAAUUAUCAUUAUUAAUACUCGACGGCACACUGGCAAUUACAUCUCUAUUACUACUGCUUUCCUUCGGCAUUCCCACUUGUGGUCGACAAUACUGAGACUUUGCCUGAACAUUGUUGAGACAAACUUGUUCUCGUCCCAUCUCUUAUCAAAGGAAUUGUUUUCUAUACUUGCAUUUUAUGUCACAGAGAUCGUUUCAGUUUAGAGUAAUUUUGAGAAAUUAAAUGUCUGUUAUUUGUAAAGCCUGUAAUCAAGAAACAUGAAUUUUAUCUCUGUGUCUUCUAUUCUGUGUGCCUCAGGUACCUUCUCAAAGGAGCCACGCUCUGUCGGCAACAGAUUUCAUUUGUUCAUUUCCUGUCUGUUUAUUGCACCUUUUUUAGAUCUUGCUUGAAUCCUUAACACUAAACUCUAUUGAAGUCUCUGAGCGAUCUUAAAUCUGAACGCCUCCCUCCUUCCAUUCAGAUUUAACUAUUGAAGAGAAAUCUAGUACAGUGUCAUAUCAGAAAAUGAAAUUUACAAAAAUCUAACAGAGAAGCAAAAAAUGAUGACAAAUCAGGUCACUUUUAAGUGUUUUUGGGAACACAGGUGCCACGAAUGUGCUUUUUAUAACCAGAAUACUGAUCAUUUGGUAAAUCUAAUUCGAACCCUUUCCCCCCGCAGGAUAACAACGGCGUGAUUGGUCUUUUGGAGCCCAUGAAAUCAAGUAACCUUCCAGUCAAAGUCCCCAUCACAGAGACUGUUGUAAGAAUUGCAUCAGGUAGGAAGUUCUUUCUGGUUGUGUGUCUUAUUUAUGCUCAGUAUGUUUACUGGUUAGAGUCAUUUUAAAAAUGAUUUCCUCGUGUGUUGACUGCUCGGACAGGGAACGACCACCUGAUCAUGGUUACACUGGAGGGGAAUCUUUACUCACAAGGCAACGCAGAGCAGGGGCAGCUGGGAAGAGUGCCGUCGUGUUUCUCAGACAGAGGAGGUAGAAGAGGCCUCAGUAAGUAACACAAGCCUGUCAGAACUCAAAGCACCAGCACACAAUAACAUCAUGUGCUGCAGAUUUUACAGAGCAACUGUUUUCUGUCUUUUGUGUCGUUCUGGCUAAGCGCGUGUCUUUGGUUUCAGAUCAUUUGCUGCAGCCGCAGAUGGUUUACUUCAAGAGGAAAGUUGUCUUCAGUGAUGUCUUCUGCGGGUCAUACCACACCUUUGCUGUGUCAAAUGAGAGCCAUGUGUAUGGAUUUGGACUCUCAAAUUACCACCAGCUGGGUUGGUAAAAUAUCAAUCUUGAUUUGAAUGAAUCCAUUUCCUGCCAUAACAUUGUUUGUUGUUACGUCUGGCAUUGCGUCCCAAUUAGCUUUGAAAUGUUUGCUUAUUUCUCUAAGGUUUUGACAUCGGACAUCAUGGCAGUGUUGUUUGUGUCCUCACUUUUUUUUUUUUAUGAAUCUCUGCAGGUACUAAGAGCACCAAACCGUGUUUCUUCCCAGUGAAACUGACGUGUUUCAGAAACUCCACCACCUCCUGGGUGGGCUUCCACGGAGGACAGCAUCACUCGCUUUGCCUUGAUGCUGAAGGUAAGCUCAAACAAAAUACACUCCCAGGAAAGGUCUGUGCUUGACUAACACUGCAUGGUUGUUAAAAACAUACAUCAGUGUCUUAACUGAGUGUCUGUUAUGCCAGGACACGAGCCUGUCUGUACACAACAGGCUGAGAUGUUUCAGUCAAAGCGCCAAGAGCAGCCAAACAAACACUCAGAGCACUCGGAGGAAGAUGCUGGGUGCAGCCUCUCUCCAGAGAAUCACAGGCUGCUGAUUACACUCUUCACAUUAGGAACAGCUUGAACUUGUGCAGCAUGCAAGCUAACCGCAGAUAAUGCUGACAAGCUAGUAUUUAAGGUCCUUUACAAACUGCUUUUAGCACAUUCACUGACCUUAAACAAAUGCCCAUAGUACACUUAUCUUCUCUUUGUGUUCCUGGGUUUGCUUCCAGCCCGUGGCUCCUUUUCCACAUGUGACUUGCCCUGUUUCCUGUUCCAUCUGAAAUCUUAUAAAAAACAUCAGUCCUGUAACUUUCUUGUAAAUACCUACUAAAGGCUGUGCUCUCUCUUUCAGGGCAGGUUUACAGCCUGGGGAGAGCUGAAUAUGGUCGUCUUGGUCUGGGCCCAGAUGCUGAAGAGACGACUGAGCCAAAGCCUGUGAUGGGGUUGGAGCCAGCCUGUGGGGUGACAUGCGGGGCGUCUGUUAGCUACGCUGUCACCAGAGAAGGUAAUUUAGCUUUCAAGGUGUGCUGUAGAGUAGGCCACGGCGAUUUGGCAAAAAAAAACAAACAAUCACAAUAUAUUUUGUCAUAUCGUCCGGUCUCGAUUAUUAUCACUUUUUAAAAAAAAAUCUUUUUAAACUGCCAGUUUUAAAGCAUCUGUACUAAAAACUGAAGAAACAAGAGAUUAGUUCUACAUUUUACUAACAUACUAAGUAAAUAACAAAGCAAAUAAAAUAAGAUUAACAAAGAAAAAUAUAGAAAACAUUUUUACUCAACAAUACAACAAAUAUAGAUAAAUAUUUAAUCAUAUAAUAUCAUAAAGUGACCUACUUUACAGUCCUGAGUGUUUUGCAUGUAUGCAAGACCCAAAAUAAACAAAUCACCCCCUCAGGGAUAAUGAAGACGCCUUAAAAUGUAAAGUAAUGUAAAAGUAGAUGAAACAAUUGAUUGCUGCUUUGGUCUGUGGCUGCACCGCUAAUUGUGGCUAAGCUGCUAAUGCUACUUGUGCCGUACAGACUCAGCUCGCGUUUUCCUGCUUUCCGCAUCAUCAUUCGGGAAGAACUUCUUCAAAUCAUUAAACAGAUCUGUUGUGUUGCCGGUUUUUAAGGUCACUGCUCGACGUCACUUUGGUGAUACCUGAACCACCGCCACACAACCAACACUGAAUAACUUUUCUUCUCAACAAUAACAUCUUUGGAGGAUGUCUUAAAGCCACGGCUUACAUCUAUUUUGCUGCCCUCAGCGCCGCGUUUAGCUCCACAUUCGGUCAUUCUGUUUAUUUCUCCGGCAACUUGCAGAAGUGAGCAGGAAAAGCUCGACUCUGAUUGGCUGUUGUGACGCACAUUUUCGCCUUGUUUGAUCAAGUAACUCACAGCUGAUCACUGUGAUCGAACUGAAAUUUAUCAUGAUCAUUAAUCUUGAUCAUAUAAUCACCCAGUCCUACAGUAGAGUGAACUGCAAAGUCUCUACUCCAUUGGGACAGAAUAAGUCGUGUAUCUUGAAGCUUGAGUAGCAUGACUGGAGUGGACACCCUCAAACAAAGCAGAGAACUGGACCGAUGAUCAUUAUUCUGCAUUCAAAUGCUAAAGACAAAAGUCAGGAAAACACAAGGCAGACAGGAACAAUGUCGGUCCCACCUAUAGCAGAGUCUGUAUGAUUUGGAUUCGGUAUUUUAUGUCAGCUUUAAUUCUCUGGUGUUGUGAUGUGCCAAGAGGGUACGAAAGACGCUGACUCCACAUUGUUGCCUGCGCUUCUCUAGGGUCUGCGUACGCCUGGGGCAUGGGCACCAACAUGCAGCUCGGCACUGGAGAGGAGGACGACGAGUGGAGCCCCGUCAAGAUGACAGGCAAACAGCUGGAGAACCGUGUAGUACUGAUGGCCUCCAGUGGAGGGCAGCACACGGUCCUUCUCGUCAAAGACAAGCAGGAGAGCUGAUGGCCUUCUGAGAGUAAUGGAAGAUCUUUGGAUCUGUUUUGAGGUGGCCUUGUUUACGGUGCCUAAGCCUGGGCAAGGAUUUAACCUGUAUGUGACUGUCUGAGCCAUGGGUGGGGGGAGCGAGGUCUUGGUGAGGGGCUCAGGCCCUUUUGUGGGAACCAUUUUCUUCCUGCUGUAGGGAAAAUGUUUUUGGAUGUUUGGUAGAUCAUGACAAAUGAGACUAUUUUUUUUUAAUCUAGUGUUUGAUGUUCCCUGUAAUUUCGUUUUUCAUUACAAGUCGUUGCUGUGACAGUCCAAUGACAUGUGAUGUUGGUAAAUGUGGCAGUUUGCAUGUAUGGAGAGGCGAUGAGUGCAACCCUUUUAAUGACUUUUCAGAACAAUUGUCUUUUUAAAGUUUUUUUUCCUUCCUUUCAAAGCAGCAUUUCUUUCAAGCCGGGUUCAGACAGGACAAUUCUACACUAUGAGUUUAAUGUAUGAGGCUACUGGUCAUUCAGAGCAGACAAAAUACUGUAUCCUGCGUUUGGUUGCUUUGCCUGUCUGAAAAUAAAGAUACCAUAGUAGGUUUUUAAGCCUUUUCAUCUUCAGUUUCUGUUCAUAUUCACUCUUGGAAGUCCUCUGAUUGGGGGUUAUUUUGUCUCUCAUUUUCUCAUGACAAUAAAAAUAUCCAUGUAAACUAUUACUUGAACAAAAAAAAAAGGUUUUAAAUGUCCUGAGUGGCUUUUUUUAAGUGGACAUUUUCAACUACUUACUGAUUAUAAUAAAAAAAAGACUGAUUAACUAAGUAGGACAGCUACAAAAAAAAAGUCAGCUGGAGGAAUAAUUCCAUUUAAAAUGGAAAUUUAUUAGAAAGUCUCUGAGGUUUGAGAUUUUAAGUUAAUGCAGUCUCAAAGCAAGUUAAAAGAAGAAGGGAAAUCAAGCAUUUUGCCUGAAUUUGGGUACCUACUGUUGAAGACUGAAGGACACUUUCUUUACUGUGAUUUCAAUAGCAUAAAUAAAAAACUGAUAUAAAAAUAA